ACUCUCUGGUUACUCAAUUCAGCUGAAGCCCGAGUCACAUGCAAGUACACGAAAGACGAACCGAGGGUGUCAGGGUACCCCGUAGUACAUAAGAUCAGUGAAGCCUUUGGUAAGAAUAAUAGCGACCGCUAUUUUUUUUUUCCUACUUGCAAUAAUUUAGUGGUACUAUAGUUAUAGUAUGAAGCACAGCGACUAUCGUGUGACGAAUCUGUUGACACGUCUGUAUGAGAAUCCCAAGAUUUUGUGAGUGAUAUCAUUUCUGCUGUCUCUCGUGGGCUCCAAAAAUAAGGGGUCAUCAUCAUAUAUGGGGAGCCAUGCUUUUGCAUAACCGUGAAUGAAACCUCCUCAAGUAGUAUCGGGUAAAUUUCAAAGUUUCUAGGCCACUUGAUUUUCGAAAGCAUCAGCCUUUGAUAGUUUUGCAUUACAAGGAGUCUGUUUCUGGUAUGGUUUUGUCAUGGUAAAAGGUUGGUUGUGAUUGGCUCCUCAACAAUUCAAGUGGUUCAGUGGUGGUGGCCGGAUGACGAAUUGGCAAUGACUGUGGUAAAAGAUCAGCCGCCAUGCGGUGAAGUUGAUCCAUAGAAGAUGGGAGAAAGGCAAAGGAAGAAGCUUUAGGAUUGCGUCAUGAGCAGCAUAGAUAACUAUAAACAUAAAAGGAAAACAGCGGUUUCGCUGUUUGGUAUUCUUUGGAUUUGGACGUGGGAGAGUUGAAGAAAACAGAGAUUGGUAUCACGAUUUGGUAUUUGGUUUGGUGUUGGUUUUGGUUUUGGUAUUUGCCAUUUUCAAUUGGCGCCAAAUAUAUCUCACAUGGUUUGGAUAACGUCCUAUCCACUUCUACGGCUACUGAUGGUUCAGCCAUUCAUUGCUUUCACUCAAUGCCCUUCUGGGUUUCACUGUCAUAGUGUCAGCUCGAUUCUCUUAAUUCAAGCAACAAAGACAGCUUUUGCUUCAAUCCAUUAUUUUCAUUUCUGGGUUGUUUAUCAUUUCUUGAAGGCCUCAUGGACGUGGGAAAAACGAAAUGUUCAUUAAAAUACGGCAAGCCUCCAUGGAUUUUCAAAGGCAGAGCAUUGUAUCAACUCCACCUGGUCAAGGCAGCGACUGUUCGAGCAUGCAUCCCGAAAGAGCUCAGAUUGGUUGAAGCAUUUGGUUAUACUCUUGGCGGGUUUUUUCUUGCUAACUAUGAUGACAGCCCAGCUGGAGUCUUUGAUGAGCUAGUUGUGAUUGCUGGACUUGUAUGGAGCCCUCCAACAUCUUGCGCAUGGGCAUCAAAGGUGCUUGUGAAUAGCAAUGAAGCUUGUGAUCAUGGCCGAAAGGAAGUAGGUCUACCAAGUCAAGUUGCGAGGUUUUCUAAGACAAUUACAGCAGUUUCAAGGCAACAAAAGACCAAAAAAAGUGAGUUUCUAAAUGCAAUUGGUAUGAAUGGUGGUUUCACUGAUCCAGGAGAGCAUAUGAAUGUUCAAGUGACUGAAUGCGUGAGUCCGGCUUCAAAAGAUACCUGUAAUGUCAACAUUACGACUCUAUCACCUGCAUUGAAUGUUAACAAGUGGAUGGGACCAGCAAUCAAAAUGACACUUCCAAGUUUUAGUGGCCGUACAGAGUAUUAUCCAGAGCUUCUUAAGUACUCUUGCCGGAUUGACUGCAGGGUACGAGCAGUGCAUCCAGCUAAAGUAUCAGGGCCAUCUCCUGUGCCAAUGAAUGAGAGUGAACAAUGUUCAGACAUUCAUAGUCGCAGUGCACAAAAUCAAGGAAACCACGUAUUCAUGGACAAUGAGCAGAACCUUACCAGAGCCGUGAUGCUAUCAAAGCCCAUACUGGCAUUGGAGUUGAGUUCUAUGAAAAUGCAGGUUGAAACUCCAGAAGUAGUUUCCAACUACUUUAAAAACAAUUCAUUAGCAACCUCUUAGUUUCUUGAUCCUCUUAAUUUCUUGAUCAUGUUGUGUUACUUUGAUAAGCUUAUAUAUAAAAAAUCCCAUAUUCUUUCAUUUGGCAUACUCUAGUUCUGCGGUUCUGCCCAAUAAUAUCAAAGGAUUUUGGUGGGAGAAAUUUACAUUCAAC